ACAAGCAGAGGGAGCAAAAUGGCGGACGAAGAUAUUACGCUUGAUGGAAAACCUCUACAAUCGCUCCGAGUUGCGGAUUUGAAAACUGCUCUGGAGCAAAGAAACCUCCCGAAGAGCGGGCAGAAAAACACCCUCAUUAAGCGACUGAAAGGGGCCCUGAUGUUGGAAAACCUUCAGAAGUCGUCCUCCUUUCACAGUGGGCUGCAGCCCAACUCACAGAUAGGUGAGGAGAUGAGCCAGAAUAGCUUCAUAAAACAGUACCUGGCCAAACAGCAGGAGCUCCUUCGCCAGAGGCUGGAGAGAGAAGCCCAGCAAGAUCAAGAGGCAGAUGAAAGUCCAGCAGUGCCAGAGGAGGAUGAAGACCACUCAGAGGACAAUGACAGCUAUGUCUCUGACAAGCAGCAUUGCUCCAUACCCUCCCAGCCCUCAACGACCAGGGCGGAGGAGAAAGGAGCAGAUUCAGUGAUGGGCCAUGGGAUGAUGGCAUGCGCCCCUAACAUAGGCCUCGGUCCUACCCUCCACCCCCAGGAGUCCCUUGAGGCUCCAGGAGCUAGGAUGCAGCGAGCUACCUUUCAUCAAGGACACAAGGAGCCACCUGCUCCCUCUCCUCCCCGUGCCGUAGCCUCCCUGUCAGUGCGCGUCCUGGGGCAGCCUGAUCGUCAGGGGUUGCCCCCUGCUGUACCUCGAGCCCAGGAGAAGGAGGGAACUGCACCGAGUGAACCAGGAUCAGCUCAUCCUGUCCUCCACCUUAGUCGAUCUGCCGGGGUCUCAGCAGGUGGACACGACCAUGAGGACAAUGAUGAAGAUGACAGUGGUGAUGACGAAAGCGAGGAUGAUGAGGAUUGGGGGCCUGGUCCUGGCGGGGCACGAAGAGGCAACAGAGUACCUCCCCCACCACAGCACAUGCCCCCCGGUGUCCCAUCAACUGUUGCGAGAUCCAAACGCAAGCUUCAGCCUCCGCAGCACAUCCCACCACCCCAGGCACACCACACACCAAUGCAACUGCGCCACCCCACUCCUCCUCCCUCUCCACCUCCUGACCUGUUUCCCCUACCUGACACUCCCAAGCAGAGUCCACCAGACACAGACGACCAUGAAGGAGAGGGUCCUGAUGCUGCACGUGGUCCAAGGGCGGCACCAUUCCCUCCUUCCACGAUGCAGAGACAAGACUCUGACUCAAGCUCUCGGUCCAGCAGCCCUGAGCCCCCUGUGAAGCGCAGGCCAGGGCCCCUCUCUCUGCUCGUACACAAGAUGGAGUCAGAGGGGGCCUUCAGUGCAGUGGAGGCCACCUCAGCUGCAGAUAUGUCAAGAGAGACAGCACACUCCACUGCUGGGCCUGCCAGUUCUAGUGAAUGUCCACUGCAAAAACCGGAGCGAAAGAGGCUACAGGAGAGCAGAGAGAUCGAGGAAGGAAGGAGACUGAAGGAGGGGAAGGAGCGAGAACAACAGCAGGAGCAGGAGAGAGAAAGAGGAAGGCUACAAGAAAUGGAGAGAGAGAAUAAACGCUUGGAAGAAGAGAAGGAAAAGGAGAGGAAACGACUGGAGGUGGAAGAGAAACUGCGUCAGAAAGAAGAGCGAGAAAAAGAGAGAAAACGUCAGGAAGAGGAAAAAGAAAGAGAGAGAAAACUUCAGAAAGAGGAAAAAGAAAAAGGCCGAAAACACCAAGAUGAAGAGAAGAGAAGAGAGAAACAGAUGGUUAUGACUGAGGCCCAAGAUUCAGGUUCCUCAUCAGAUUCUGACUCCAAAUCAGACUCCUCUUCAGGCUCAUCACAAUCCUCCGCCUCCUCCCGGGAUAAAACCCGUCCUGCCAGGCAGCUGAAGAAGUCAGACCAAGGACGAGAAGCAGAAGAUGAGAAAAAGACUAACCUGAAUAAAGGGGCAGAGAAACGACACCUUUCAAAAAGGGAGGUGUCUGAGCCCAGCGCAGCCGCCGUGACCGAGGUGGAACCAGACUCAGAGAGCUCCAUGGCCCAGCAGCCACCCUCUGGGGCUGAGCCAGAGAACAGUGAGGGCCGCUUGGAGGAGAGCACCACUCCUAAGGCUUUUGCUGCUCGCAAGAUAUCCUUGACCAGCAGCAAGACGUCUCCAGCCACCACAGAGGGAGGAGCAGGAGAGGCCGAGACGGGAAGUGCAGCAGGGAGGAAGAGACGGUGGGGCUCCAGCACAUCAGUCACCGCUAAGAAACCAUCCAUCAGCAUCACCACUGACUCACUGAAGUCUUUGAUUCCAGACAUCAAAGUGAACCAGGAGGCAGUGGUGGAGCUGCACCCAGAGGAGCUGCAACUGUCCGGGGACGAGGAGAGUCUGGACCCCAGCCGGGGCGACCAGGACAAAGGCCUCAAGAUCCGACGCACCGUCACACAGGUCGUCCCAGGCGACAGCCAGGAAAAUGGACAGACAAAUGAAGAGGAAGAGUUGGAGAAAACAGAGAAAGACAUACAACGCAGGACUUCCAGAGACAAAAGGACGAACAGCGUAUCUGAGGAAGCCUCGGAAACACAGGCAUCUGUCAAGCUCGAUGGGGAGGCAACGAAAGUUACCCCCAGCGACAGUCUGGUACGUCGCUCCAUAAGUCAGCAGAAGUCUGGUGUGUCCGUCACCAUUGAUGACCCCGUCCGCACAACCAGGCAGCCCUCGCCGCCUCAUGGCAAAGUCUCAAAUAUCAUCCAUGUGACCAACCUGGUACGACCCUUCACCCUGGGCCAACUCAAAGAGCUGCUGAACAGGACGGGCAGCGUGGUGGAAGAGGGCUUCUGGAUCGACAAGAUCAAGUCUCACUGCUUCGUCACAUACGCCACGCCAGAGGAGGCGGUGGCCAGCAGAGCCGCCCUCCACAGGGUCAAAUGGCCUCUGAGCAAUCCCAAGGUCCUCAGCGUAGACUUCUGUGAGCAGGAUGAGCUGGACUUCCACAAAGGUGUCCUGAAGCCAGAACCGGAGAAGGACCAUGUGGCCCAGCCUGGUGCUCCUCAGAACCGGCUGCCCCCUCUGAUGCCAGAGCGAGACAGGGACAGGGACAGAGAAAGAGAGCGCGACAGGGACAGGGAGCGUGACCGUGAGCGGGAACGGGCCAUGGGAGGAGUGCGGGACCUGUGGGAGGAGCGGGAGAGAGCGAUGGAGCGCCGGGAACGAGCCCGUGGCGAGCGGGAAUGGGACCGGGACAAGAUCCGGGAAUUUGCAAGACCGGGAGAGGAGGAGCAGCGGUCUCGAUCCAGAGACAGAGAGAGGAGGAGGAGGGAGAGGGCCAAGAGCAAGGAGAGGAAGACGGAUAAGAAGGAGAAAGGAGACGAGCCUCCGGCCAAGUUGCUGGACGACUUGUUCCUCAAGACCAAAGCAGCUCCGUGUAUUUACUGGCUUCCCCACACUGAGGAGCAGGCGGUACAGAGGCUUCUGGACCGCACAGAGCGGCAAAAGGAGCGCGAACGGAGGCACAAGGAGCAGAAGGAGGAGGAGGACAAGAAGCGCGAGCAGGAGAAGAAGGAGAGGGUGAAGGGCCGGGAGAAGGACGGCAGCGUGGCGGCGAGCGGAGGAGCGGCCGGGCGAGCGGCCGACGGAGACAGAGAGAGGGACCGCGGCCGCGACAGAGAGGCGGACAAGAAGAGGGACAGCGGCCACCGGCCCAGGCGACCCUCGGCGGGCGCCGGCGGUGGGCACCGCUCUCGUAGCCGUAGCAACCCCAGAGACAGGCGCCGCUGAGGGCUGCAGGGAAAGAUGAAGAAAGAGAGAGAGAGGGGGACGCGUCUUAGCGCAGGACUCUGCAGACAGGAAGUCUUGGGAGGGAGUGUUUCCGCUUUGGAGAUACAUUUCUCUUGCCUCAAGUUCAGGACUUGUGUCUGCUCCUCGCUACCCGCCCCCACCGUGCGUUAAUUCGUCCACUUCGACGCCAGCGUUUGUCUUCCACACACUCCAUCCACCUGGUUCAUCUAGCUCCAGUCCCCCACUCCUCUGUCCUCUCUCUGUCUUCCAGAAGCAGCAGUCAGUCGUUUCCCUCUGUAGAGAGCAGCGUUCCUCCUCGUCUCUGUGUCGUGCAGUUAAUUCUCCUCAGUUUGAAGAAAAGAAGCGGAGAAGGGUGGUGGUUUUUUUGGCUCGCCUCAGCAUUUUGUCCCACUGAGGUUUGGGAGCCCGCCUCUUUAUUUUAGUUCUGCGGGUGCACAGUUCCUUCCUCCUCAGAGCCCUGUAAUAAAACCAGUCCAAAAUAGAUCCCUGACCUUCAAAUAUUUUCUAGGAUCAGUUUUAGUGUUCUACUCUUCAGCACUGAGUUUUUGAUUUUUUUUUAUAUACAUAUACACAACUAAAUUUACGGCCCGUCUUUGUCAAAGGGAGGAAAGUUGUUGUGUUUUGUUUUUAUGAAUCAUGUUCAUUUUCUUUUCCAGCCUCGGAGGGUUGUUGUGCACUACAGCAGGUGAUGUUUGUGUGAGUAAUAACCUUCAUCUCCGUCUCCCACGAAGAUACAACCAGUACCGAAGUCUCAACACUGUAGCCUAGAGAAGUGUGCGAUAGGAGGAGACGUGAUUUUGUGUUGUGGUGAUGCGGCAGACGAGCACAUGCCCGAGCUCAUCUUUACUGGAUGUUGUAGAGCCGAUAUGAAAUUCUUUUCAAGCGGAGGUUUGUUCUGUAAUAACUAAGAGAAGCUGACUUUCCCUGCACUGACGUGUCCAUUUGGAAAUCCCUCCUUUGACCCUUCAAUCAUAUAUACUGUUUAUUUAACAGGAGGUACAAAUAAGAAGUUUAUCUUCUAAUAGAGAAAUAGUUACAAGUUUUAAUCUUAAAUUUUAUGUUUAAUUCGAAACAGUUAUUUUGUUGCUUUUUUUCCCCCUGCAAGUGCUGAAUGUACCAAGAAUUUAAAAAAAUGAAUAAAUUUAAAUUGGUUACCA